AGCUAGUGUUUUUUAAAGUGGUUUUAAUGUAUUCAGAUAUUUCAGAUAGCGACAGCGACCUAGAUUGGUUGUUUACGGACGAUUCUUUGUCCGAUGAUGAAAAUGAAGAUUACAUCAACGAAAUUUUACAAUGCGCUUCAAAAAAACGAGGCAGACCAGCGCUACACGAGCAACAUCCGGGCUUGGUUCCAUGUAUCGCAUCCUACAUAAGUCAGAACUCGGCCGAGGCCCAUUUGAGGCGCAGAGACAGUAUUAUGUACACAAAUGGUGUAAGCUUAAAAGAUAUUGUCUCUCACAUAAAAAGUACGCUCGGGUUAAAUGUGAGUAAGAGCGCAGUGCAUUACCUCAUGAGACCGAGGAGAAAAAAAACCACUUCGAGCAAGCGUCACAAAUCGUUGGUUGAUGCACGUGUUCCGCCCAAGCGCAACACGGGAGAAAAAAAGAUCCAUGAAGAUUUUCAUUUUUCUUGCUCCCAAGUUAACUUGGUUAAUGAGUUAGCGCAGUUAUGCAAUGAAAACACAAUCUCCUUGUCAGUUGACAACAAAAACAAGGUGGAUGUUGGUAUUCCCGCCACGAGUAGACGUGCGCAAAUCCGACGUUAUCACAUCGAAAAUGAGGCUCCCAUUUACAAUGACCACGACUUCCCCUAUCCGAAUAGUAAAUUAACCCCAGCAGGUUAUCAACAAUUAAAGGUGAGAAUAACAAGAUCACGCUCAUUAUCUCCAACCCGCCAGCCUUUAAAAAUAAAUAGAAAAAGGUCUUUGUCUGAAGGAAGCAGUUUUCUGGUCCUAAAAUCAGAAAGAACCAAGGACAAAGUUGGUAGAAGCAAAAUCAAAUGGUCCCGUAAAGGUCCGCUUUUCAUACAUUUAUAUCCUUCACGUUUAGUAGAAGCCACCAACGUCAUGCAUGUAAACUAUCUUCUUCAUCUUUUGCAACAAGAAAAAAAAAUUAAAAAUGUUUAUAACGUCGUUGCAAUUGCAGAUGGAGGCCCCGACUGGUCAACAAAAGCAGUAGUUAACCUGAUGUCGUUGGGUUAUUUGUGGUUGAAUUUACGUUUAGAUUGUUUGAUCGUUCAAUGUUACGCUCCGGGGCACUCCCGUUUUAAUCCUAUAGAAAGAUGUUGGUCUUUCCUCACCCAGCAGCUGGUAGGAGUAACGCUUCCCGUUGAGGUUGAUGGAAAAACACCUAAUCCAAAUGAUUCUGAAAAAUGGUUAAACGUCCUCGACAAUGCUGCAACGGUUUGCUCAAAGUUUUGGAACAAUAAAAUAUAUGAUGGUUUUCCAAUAAAAGUAGAAACCUUCCUAUCUACAAAUCCGUUGCUGAAGGAUAUCAAGUGCGCGCACGAUACUAUCAAAAGAUUUUGUGUUGCAUCCAGAAAAUCGAUAAAAUCAUCUGUUGAAUUUACAGAGCUACAACAGAAAUACCGCUUUUUCGUGAAGCAUUGUACGAGGAAAGCGUAUCAAAUUGAGUUUGUACGUUGUACUAGCACAGAUUGUGACCAUUGCUCAUCCUUGCCACUUCGGAAGAACCAAUUUUUAGACGUGAUAAGAGAAUUUGGAGGCACGUGUCCAACACCACAACAUAGUGAUUUUUUUGCAGGUCACUAUAAAACGCUCAUCGAGAUGGUACAGUCACAACUAUGCCGAAAUAUUUCUAGUGCAUCGCGCAUCAUGCCCUGCCUUACAACAAAAUAUGAUGUCUGCAAUCAUGGCUGCAGAUACGCUUUUUUUUCAGAAGCAGACAAAACCCGACACAUGAGGUUAAUGGACCAUUAAUGGACAUAUUUGCUACUCGGGCUACUUAAGGCCAGUCCUUUUUUAUUUC